CCCGGGCGGAAGUCUUCAGCUAGCCGACCGGGAAGUAGCUUAAGACCGGGCAAUGGGAACUCUGGAGGUCUCACUCCGGGGCGAACCCGAGGCCACCGUGCCCCCGCGGUAGAGCGAGCCUGGGUGGCGGGCUCCGGGGUCCUGAGGCGAAGAGCGUCGGGGCCUGAAGCAUGGAGGGGUCUAAGGCGUCCAGCAGCACCAUGCAGGUGAGCUUCGUGUGCCAGCGCUGCAGCCAGCCUCUGAAACUGGACACGAGCUUCAAGAUCCUGGACCGGGUCACGAUCCAGGAACUCACAGCUCCAUUACUUACUACAGCCCAGGCGAAACCAGGAGAGACCCAGGAGGAAGAGGCUAACCCAGGAGAGGAGCCAUUUCUUGAAACUCGCCAGGAUGGUGUCUCUCGAAGGUUCAUCCCCCCAGCCAGGCGUCUGACGGUGGCACCAUGGAGAAUCUCAGCCGGAGACUCAAGGCAAGUUGGCCCCAUUUCACCGUCAGGAAUUAUGUGUGACUGUUACAGGGGGUGGCUGGACAGGUGGCCUGAGAGAGGCCCUACCCUGACUGUCCCGUGCUUCUUCCAGGUCACCGGAGACCUCUUUGACAUCAUGUCGGGCCAGACAGACGUGGACCACCCACUGUGUGAGGAAUGCACAGACACCCUCUUAGACCAGCUGGACACUCAGCUCAAUGUCACGGAAAACGAAUGUCAGAACUACAAACGCUGUUUGGAGAUGCUCGAGCAAAUGUCUGAAGAUGACAGUGAGCAGCUGCAGAGGGAGCUCAAAGAGCUGGCCUUAGAGGAGGAGCGGCUGAUCCAGGAGCUGGAGGAUGUGGAAAAAAACCGCAAGGUAGUGGCGGAGAACCUGGAGAAGAUCCAGGCUGAGGCGGAGAGACUGGAUCAGGAGGAGGCUCAGUACCAGCGGGAAUACAGUGAAUUUAAAAGGCAGCAGCUGGAGCUGGACGAUGAGCUGAAGAGCGUAGAGAACCAGAUGCGGUAUGCCCAGAUGCAGCUGGACAAGCUGAAGAAGACCAACGUCUUCAAUGCCACCUUCCAUAUCUGGCACAGUGGACAAUUUGGCACAAUCAAUAAUUUCAGACUAGGUCGUUUGCCCAGUGUUCCUGUGGAAUGGAAUGAAAUCAAUGCUGCUUGGGGCCAGACAGUGUUGCUGCUCCACGCCCUGGCCAAUAAGAUGGGUCUGAAAUUUCAGAGGUACCGACUUGUUCCUUAUGGAAAUCAUUCAUAUCUGGAGUCUCUGACAGACAAAUCUAAGGAGCUGCCGUUAUACUGUUCUGGGGGGCUGCGGUUUUUCUGGGACAACAAGUUUGACCAUGCAAUGGUAGCUUUUCUGGACUGUGUGCAGCAGUUCAAAGAAGAGGUGGAAAAAGGCGAGACGAGAUUUUGUCUUCCAUACAGGAUGGACGUGGAGAAAGGCAAGAUUGAAGACACUGGAGGCAGCGGCGGCUCUUAUUCCAUCAAAACCCAGUUUAACUCUGAGGAGCAGUGGACGAAGGCACUCAAGUUCAUGCUGACGAACCUCAAGUGGGGCCUUGCCUGGGUGUCCUCACAGUUUUACAACAAGUGACCCGCCCUCAGGGGACGCUUGCCUUUGAGGUUUUACAUCUUGUUUGCUUUGGAAAGAUGCUUUAAAUUAAAUUGGGGUAAUAUUAAACCACAUGUUUACAAUACCAAAAGCCACUUUAUUUUAAAAUAUCAUGACAGAUAGUUUCCAGAGUACAACGCGCCGUGUAUAGCGAACAGCCCUGCCA